AUGCACAGCUCCAGAAGCACCGAGCUAAAGGGCAUCUCCUUCCUGCAGGCUGUGAUGCUGCUGAUCCCAGUGACCUGCACUUCACUGCUGCAACAGCACCCACUCAAUGAAGAGUUUAAUCUGUGGUUUCCAGCGUGUGCUGCAGGGCUGCUGCUGGUGUGUCUGGUGCUGGGCAGCAACCGGGCCGGCGUGCAGGCGGCUCCCCUCUGCACCAGCGCCCAGGCCGGCUGUCACAUCCUCUCCCUGGCCAACCUGUUCGACCGCGUCAUCCAACACUCCGCCAGGAUGCACGGGAUCUCCAAUGACCUCCACUCCGAGUUUGAGCUCUCCAUCCUCCCCAGUAAGAACCAGAUUGGCCGGGUCAGUCGCAACUGCCACACCUCGACCAUCCUCACCCCAAACGGCAAGGAGAACGCUCAGAGAAUGGCGUGGGAGGAGCUGACGGAGGUGAUCCUGAAGCUGCUGGUGGCGUGGAGAGAUCCUCUCUGGCACUUCCACCAGAACAUGGCUCACCACCCAGACCUCAGUGACUUCAGCUCCAACAAGUCACUGGAGAUGAGUGACAUGGUGAAGGAGCUACGCCAAGGUGUGCAGAAAGUGGUUGAGAAGAUGAAGAUGUUGGGAAUAAUCAGCAACUCCGUCAGCAGCCUGGGUUCCCCCGAGGCCUUGUUGGCACCAGACAGCUCUGAGUGGCGCCUCAUGAAAGACUAUGACCUCCUGUACUGCUUUCGCCGAGACUCCGACAAGAUCCAGAACUACCUGAAGAUCCUCAAGUGUCGCAUUGUUCCAGAGCACGGAUGCUAAAAGUGUUUAACCUUUGGAAAUGCUUCAUUUAUUCAUUUAUAGACGACACAGAUAAAGCAGUGGUUUUUGCUGUGCUUUCUCUCUGCAGAUUAUCAGACGUUUGCUGAUAAGAUGUAUAUAUUUUUUUCAUUCUUCAGUUCUUCCAUCACUGAAGAGCCACUGGAAACCAGUGACUCUGCCUAGCUUGUACUUCAUGUCUGAUAAUAUGUUGU